AUGAAAUUAUUUAUGCGAGAUUGGCUUCUUAAUCUUUAUUAUGAAAUAAAUACAGUAAAAGCUGGUGUUAUAAAACGUUGUUUAUCAAUUACUAAUAAUAAAAAUAAUAUAUUGUUCAGUUAUUACGAAAAAGGUAAACGAGUACCGGGUCAAUCAAGUAUGAUAUUUAUUCAUGGGUUUUCAUCGAACAAAGAAUCAUGGCUUCCUGCUAUGAAAUAUAUUCCUGAUGGUUAUCAUUGUAUUAUAAUUGAUCUUCCAUAUCAUGGAGAAACUAUUGAAUUCAAAGAAGAUGAUUAUACUAUUGAUACAUGUGUUGAUAAACUAAAAUUGUUUUUUGAUGAAAUGAAUUUAAUUGAACCUAUGUAUAUUAUUGGUGCAUCAAUGGGUGCAACAGUUGCUAUUAUAUUUACUACUAAAUAUCCUAAAUAUAUUAAUAUGAUUUGUUUACUUGCACCUACUCCUAUACGAGAAUAUGAAAGUGUUUUAAUAAAACAAUUACGUUCAGGAAAAGAUUAUAUACUUUUACCAGAAACUUCUAAACAAUUUAAUAUUAUGGCUGAUCUAUUGACAAUCAAAGAUACUAAUCUACCAAAAGUAUUUGUUAAUAAAUAUUUUAAAUCAAGAUUACAUCUAUUAGAUGAACAAAAAGAAAUAUUGAAAUCAUUUCUUAAAUAUGAUUAUCUUAAUCUUGAACAAUAUUAUGAACAAUUAAAAUAUAUUAAAUAUCCAGUAUUAAUUAUGUGGGGUCGUCAAGAUCAAUUAUGUAAAGUGGAAGGUAUUGAAUAUUUUUCUAAAUUAAUAUUCAAUAGAGAAGUAAUUAUUUUUGAUGAUUGUGGUCAUUUUAUAUCAUAUGACAAACCAAAAGAAACAACAAAAAAUAUUAUCAAUUUUCUAGAGUUUCAUUCGUAUUGUUUAAUCGAUUAG